AUGAGUUCGACUUACCGUGCCGCCGCCUCCACCAAGCUGAUUAACCGUCUUCAGCAUCUCUACAACCUUAUCCGGGAAGUUCCUUCCUGGAGCCCCGGGGAUGAAUGGGACCGGAAGACUGUUGACCUGAUGACAGCUUCGUUCAAGGUGUCCGAGCAAAGUAUCAAAGAAGGCUUCGCGCGGGAGAAGUACCUAGGCCCGGCGAUCUAUACUUGGCUGUUCACCCACGCUGAGGAUUAUGUGGACAGUCCCAAAGACAUUCCAGACGCGGUAUUCACUCUCGACCACCUUCAUGCCCGACUCCCGCCCCUUCUUAACCCCGAACUACGCAAAAAGCUCGAGAAGGAACGCAAAGAAUCCCCACCAUCCAACCACCAGAAGCCUCAGCCUUUACUGCGACACGAGCCUGUGGCUGACCCUCCCGUUCCAUCCAGCUCCAGUACAGGGAAGGGCAAGGGGCAACAGGACCCAUCGGUCAAGGUUAAGCAGGAAAAGGGGGUGAAGGAGAAGCAAGUGGCGCUGAAGGUGGAGAAGGGUAAGGGUGUUGUCAAAGAGGAUAAGGGAAAAGGGAAGGAAGCGGAUGGGCGUGACGACACAAAGUCGCAGGAGGCGGUUGAAGGGAAGGGUAAAUCAGACAAGGGUAAAGGUAAAGAGCCUGUCAGAACGAAAAAGGGCGAGGAAGCUUCAGAGCAACGAGGGACGUCGUCGAAGACUACCACCGCAAAACACGUCACUUUCAAGCCAUCUACCUCAAACAAACGGCCACCCACUUCCUCAUCGUCGGAGGAUGACACGCUUCCCGUUCCCGCUCCCAACGAUGAUGCCACUGUUCCACCUUCCAAGAAGGCCAGACGUGGUCCAUCUCCUGACCCCUCUCUCUCGGCUAUCAAUCGCGAAUCCUCCAAAUCGGACUACCCUGAGGUGUCAGACGGAGAUGGAGGCAUUGAAGGAUUCUGCCCUGAUGAACUUCCCACAGGCAACAUCCGUCACGACGUUGCCGAAGCCAUACGCGUCUUCAAGCUGGUGUACAGAAAGAUGGCAGUUGUCCAGGCAAACUAUGACGCCGUCCUCGCACAUUCCAACCAGACCGACAACGACCUUCGGGAACUCCAGAAGAAGAAGAUCGAACCACUCCUCGCCCAUUCGGAACAAGCCAUCAACGACAUUAGCGAACUAAGAAAGUACAAGGUCGAUCCCAUUCAGCUCCAAGCGCAUGACCGAACCAUUCAAAGCCUCAAUGAAUCCGUCGCCGAUCUUACCAAACAGAACGCCGAGCUGAAGCACCAGGUCGAAAAGCUGUCCAGGGCUUUCCAGUCGCUUUCCGUCGCCAUUUCCAACCGCACAGACCUCACUUUCGAACCGAUUGACAUCUCCAACGACGCGAACAUGCAAGAAAGUCACCCCUCUUACUCAUCUGUGGCAUACGAUCCACAGAUGCUCGCAUACCUCGGCAGCGGCGUCACUCAAGAACAACCUACCACGUUGACCAGCUCUGGUGUGCAAAACACCUCUUCCCACCACAGCACAGGGAGUACCUCAGGCACUACGACAACGUUUGGGUAG